GAUCAGUUCAGACGUUUCUCAGACUUCAUAUACGACCUCGUUUGUAGAUAGCGUAUGUGUUCUCUGAAACUUUUUAUUGCUUUUCAGCUUUGUGUGUGUGUGUGUGUGUGCACGCGCACACGUGCGUGUGUGUAAAGAAGGGGAUUAGGACAUUUAGAGAAGGAGGGCGGGGAGGCGAGAUCCUGAGAAUAGAAAGGAGGAAAGAAAAAAAGAGGAAUGGAAAGAGACAGAGAAAGGAAAUGGGAGUGGAAGGAGGGAGGACUGCUUUGUAACUGCUAAGAUUGCAGACAGAAAUAGCACACAACCACUGUGAGCUGUAUGCGAUUCAGAAACCAAGACCAAAUUUUGCUCACUUUCAUUAAUCAGUUGCUCAGAGAGAAGGAAAUGACAUCUGGUUCUGUCUUCUUCUACAUCUUAAUUAUUGGAAAAUAUUUUUCUCAUGGGGGUGGACAGGAUGUCAAGUGCCCCCUUGGCUAUUUCCCCUGUGGGAACAUCACAAAGUGCUUGCCUCAGCUCCUGCACUGUAACGGUGUGGACGACUGCGGGAAUCAGGCCGAUGAGGACAACUGUGGAGACAACAAUGGAUGGUCUCUGCAAUUUGACAAAUAUUUUGCCAGUUACUACAAAAUGACUUCCCAAUAUCCUUUUGAGGCAGAAACACCUGAAUGUUUGGUCGGUUCUGUGCCAGUGCAAUGUCUUUGCCAAGGUCUGGAGCUUGACUGUGAUGAAACCAAUUUACGAGCUGUUCCAUCGGUUUCUUCAAAUGUGACUGCAAUGUCACUUCAGUGGAACUUAAUAAGAAAGCUUCCUCCUGAUUGCUUCAAGAAUUAUCAUGAUCUUCAGAAGCUGUACCUGCAAAACAAUAAGAUUACAUCCAUCUCCAUCUAUGCUUUCAGAGGACUGAAUAGCCUUACUAAACUGUAUCUUAGUCAUAACAGAAUAACCUUCCUGAAGCCGGGUGUUUUUGAAGAUCUUCACAGACUAGAAUGGCUGAUAAUUGAAGAUAAUCACCUCAGUCGAAUUUCCCCACCAACAUUUUAUGGACUAAAUUCUCUUAUUCUCUUAGUCCUGAUGAAUAAUGUCCUCACCCGUUUACCUGAUAAACCUCUCUGUCAACACAUGCCAAGACUACAUUGGCUGGACCUUGAAGGCAACCAUAUCCAUAAUUUAAGAAAUUUGACUUUUAUUUCCUGCAGUAAUUUAACUGUUUUAGUGAUGAGGAAAAACAAAAUUAAUCACUUAAAUGAAAAUACUUUUGCACCUCUCCAGAAACUGGAUGAAUUGGAUUUAGGAAGUAAUAAGAUUGAAAAUCUUCCACCGCUUAUAUUCAAGGACCUGAAGGAGCUGUCACAAUUGAAUCUUUCCUAUAAUCCAAUCCAGAAAAUUCAAGCAAACCAAUUUGAUUAUCUUGUCAAACUCAAGUCUCUCAGCCUAGAAGGGAUUGAAAUUUCAAAUAUCCAACAAAGGAUGUUUAGACCUCUUAUGAAUCUCUCUCACAUAUAUUUUAAGAAAUUCCAGUACUGUGGGUAUGCACCACAUGUUCGCAGCUGUAAACCAAACACUGAUGGAAUUUCAUCUCUAGAGAAUCUCUUGGCAAGCAUUAUUCAGAGAGUAUUUGUCUGGGUUGUAUCUGCAGUUACCUGCUUUGGAAACAUUUUUGUCAUUUGCAUGCGACCUUAUAUCAGGUCUGAGAACAAGCUGUAUGCCAUGUCAAUCAUUUCUCUCUGCUGUGCCGACUGCUUAAUGGGAAUAUAUUUAUUCGUGAUCGGAGGCUUUGACCUAAAGUUUCGUGGAGAAUACAAUAAGCAUGCGCAGCUGUGGAUGGAGAGUACUCAUUGUCAGCUUGUAGGAUCUUUGGCCAUUCUGUCCACAGAAGUAUCAGUUUUACUGCUAACAUUUCUGACAUUGGAAAAAUACAUCUGCAUUGUCUAUCCUUUUAGAUGUGUGAGACCUGGAAAAUGCAGAACAAUUACAGUUCUGAUUCUCAUUUGGAUUACUGGUUUUAUAGUGGCUUUCAUUCCAUUGAGCAAUAAGGAAUUUUUCAAAAACUACUAUGGCACCAAUGGAGUAUGCUUCCCUCUUCAUUCAGAAGAUACAGAAAGUAUUGGAGCCCAGAUUUAUUCAGUGGCAAUUUUUCUUGGUAUUAAUUUGGGCGCAUUUAUCAUCAUAGUUUUUUCCUAUGGAAGCAUGUUUUAUAGUGUUCAUCAAAGUGCCAUAACAGCAACUGAAAUACGGAAUCAAGUUAAAAAAGAGAUGAUCCUUGCCAAACGUUUUUUCUUUAUAGUAUUUACUGAUGCAUUAUGCUGGAUACCCAUUUUUGUAGUGAAAUUUCUUUCACUGCUUCAGGUAGAAAUACCAGGUACCAUAACCUCUUGGGUAGUGAUUUUUAUUCUGCCCAUUAACAGUGCUUUGAACCCAAUUCUCUAUACUCUGACCACAAGACCAUUUAAAGAAAUGAUUCAUCGGUUUUGGGAUAACUACAGACAAAGAAAAUCUAUGGACAGCAAAGGUCAGAAAACAUAUGCUCCAUCAUUCAUCUGGGUGGAAAUGUGGCCACUGCAGGAGAUGCCACCUGAGUUAAUGAAGCCAGACCUUUUCACAUACCCCUGUGAAAUGUCACUGAUUUCUCAAUCAACGAGACUCAAUUCCUAUUCAUGACUGACUCUGAAAUUCAUUUCUUCACAGAGAAUACUGUGGGGGUGCUUCAUGAGGGAUUUACUGGUAUGAAAUGAAUACCACAAAAUUAAUUUAUAAUAAUGGCUAAGAUAAAUAGUUUACAAGGACAUGAGGAAAAAUAAAAAUGACUAAUGCUCUUACAAAGGGAAGUAAUUAUAUCAAUAAUGUAUAUAUAUUAGUAGACAUUUUGCAUAAGAAAUUAAGAGAAAUCUACUUCAGUAACAUUCAUUCAUUUUUCUAACAUGCAUUUAUUGAGUACCCACUACUAUGUGCAUAGCAUUGCAAUAUAUUCCUGGAAGUAGACAGUGCAGAACCUUUCAAUCUGUAGAUGGUGUUUAAUUACAAAAGACUAUACAAAGUCCAUCUGCAGUUCCUAGUUUAAAGUAGAGCUUUGCCUGUCAUGUGCAUCAGCAAGAAUCAUAGGCACUUUUAAAUAAAGGUUUAAAGUUUUGGAAUACUCAGUGUAAUUGCAUCAUAGAAAAUGUCUGACUGUUUGCAAAAUAAUAUUCUGUUUUAAGAAUCCAUCUUACCUCUCUUUAAGUUUCCAUACACUUGAGAGCCAACACAACAUAUUUAUUACUAAAAAGAUGCUUUGCUAGAAACUCAAAAACAGCACUUCUUUUGGCACUUCCUGCCCAGUUUUCUCUUUGCUUUAAAUGAACAUCAUCAUAUGGGAUUGGAAUAGGAGAGUAUGAGUACUGCAGAGAAGUGGAUCAGAAAAACUAGAAUGAGGAUAAACAUUUACAUCAGUGGAAACUCCUGAAAUAAAUCCUUGUAUUGUCAGUUAACUGAUUUUCAACAAGGAUGCCAAGACAAAAGGCUUUUCAACAAACCGUGCUGUUUUAAGAACAGACUUAAGUGGUUUAAUUCACCCACUUUAGGUGGGUGAAUGUUAUGGUGUGUGAAAUAUCUCAGUAAAGCAGUUAAAAGGAAAAGGCUGGAAUGUACUGAUUCAGGAACUUAAUUUCAGGAAGGAAAGGUCUGUAUGUACACAUUUCACUUUAAGCAGAAAAUCUUUCUUCAAGAAAUGACUUUACCUUCUCUUUGCACUGCCAGCACGUGAGAUACUAACUUUUUAACUAGUUGUUCUUCUCUAGUCUCUACGUUAUUAGAAUUUUUUGCUUUCAUAAUGUGAAACUUUUAAGCAGGAGAAGAAAAUGUUUUCAGAUAGUUUCAAAUACACCAAAAAUGUUUGAAACACAAAAAUACUGGAAUCAAACCAUAAUGCACUUAUUGAAGAUAUAGUUGUAUAGAUUUGUUCUGAAAAUAAAUUAUCUGAAAUUUAA